GCUUCCUUUCCUCCUCUCUGGCUCUGCAUCUCAGCUCUGAAAGGUCCCUCUGAGGUGUUCAUCUGCUCCUGGCAAACACCAAUCAAACACCUGGCAGCCAGAUGUAAACAGCUGCAUGGUAGGUGCCAUUUGCGAUCCAGCCUUAAUACAAACCAUGCUUAGGAAUGGUUACAAAUGGCUUCAUAAAAAAGACAAAACACAUAGUACAGCCCUAACUUUUGUGUGUUGCAAAUAUAAAAGGCAAGCCAUGUGACAGAAGGACAGAAGAACAAAAGCAUUUGGAAGUAACAGGACCUCUUUUUAGCUCUCUAAAGAGUUUAAGGGAAGGACGGAGCAGUGCAUUUUCCAAAGUAGGUAGCCUGCCCCUUCAGCGCUACACGUAACGCAGCGUGGAUAUGCAUUCGGUAGCUCACGUGGAGAGAUGCUGCGCAAGAUCCCAGACUGUUGGCUGAAGGAGAGAGAGAGUCUUUCAAUGUCCUGAAAUCCUUCUUUGCCAGGAGGAUGUUUCUCUGUGUAUCAGUGUAAGAGGCACGAGCAUAACUGUUCUCUGUGUCUUUGGGACAAAGAAGAGUUUCCCUGUUAUGAACCAAGUGAUAACGUAUUAGAGUAUAGUGUAAAUGCAAUUCACUGGAACAGACAGAGCCUCGAGAGAACGCAGCUGAGGAAGAAAGCCCCAUCUCCCUGCUGAGAUUCAGUGCUAAACGUGCAGCCUCUCAGCUCCCCUGCCCUUCUCCACGUUCUGGUAUCGCAGGAUGGGCCUUGCACUGCUUUUAUGCUGUGGGUGUGAAAAUUCACAUGGUGGGUCAGUGUGGAAGAAGCUCAGACCCUGAUGUUGCUUUGGGCUUGCUCACCCACGUAAGCACGGUCACCCCAUCCCGCUGCAGCCCUCCAGGCCCUCUGCCACUGCUGCGGCUGCUCGGGGCAAUGCCACUGACCCAAACCAGCUCAGCGGGCGGAGGGCUGCCCUCAAGAUGAUGAUGGAUGACCUUCAGACUGAAGCUGGUUGUUACGCAGGAGAUUCUUUGACGGAUUACAAUCUCAACAAACUCUAACUCAAGUAGAAGAAGAAUGACAGCUAAGAGACUUAAACCAGACUUUUCACCAUCCUGGAAAGGAACUGGAUCUCGAUAUUUAGAAUUUUUUUAAUACUCUACCUCCCUCUGCUGUUAUCACUGAGAAGUUCUUCAACAAUGGGAAAUCAUGUACUUGCAGCUUCAAUUUCCAUGCUCUCUCUCCUGGCAAUAAUGGGAGACACGGACAGUAAAACAGACAGUGCCUUCAUGAUCGACUCAGAUCCCAGUCGCUGUAUGAGGCAUCACUAUGUCGACUCUAUCAGCCACCCACUGUACAAGUGUAGCUCGAAGAUGGUGCUGCUGGCUCGCUGUGAAGGACGCUGCAGCCAGACAUCGCGCUCGGAGCCGAUGGUUUCUUUCAGCACAGUCCUGAAACAGCCUUUCCGUUCCACCUGCCACUGCUGCCGGCCCCAGACCUCCAAGCUGAAAGCAAUGCGGUUGCGUUGCUCGGGUGGCAUGAGGCUCACUGCAACUUACCGCUACAUCCUCUCUUGCCACUGUGAAGAGUGCAACUCCUAGGGUUGUACCUGCAACAGCAGUGGGGGGACAGGGAUGCUGCUGGCGGAGAAGGCUCCCAAGAAGUACCCUAGGUGAGGGCAACGAUCCCAGCCUACAAUAACAGUAAGGGCAGGACAAAUCAAGCUGGAUUGCAUUUAAGUGCUGGAGCGUAAAAUUUCCUGGGGCUCUGGAUGGUGCCAGUACUGAAUUGCUCUCUGUGACAAAGGCAAAAGCAGGAGGACUUGUUUUUAAGAAACCUUUCUUUUUUCUGAAAGGAUAUUUUUGUGAGUUUCUUUUUUUUUCAGGCUCAUCUCUGACUACAGAGAGGUGAUUUUACUUUAAGGCCAAGGCCAGCAAGGCAAAAGAGAGGAAGACCAGCUGGAUGACAGCCCUGCACUCUGGAAGUUGGCAUUUGGACAGAAGAUGGACACUGAUUCCCACAUAUGACCUCUUAACCUAUCAAUUUAUUCUCAGUUUCUUAGCUAUAUUGGCCUUCAAAAUGAACUGUGUUGUCAAUAAGGGUUACCUGUUACUGGAUCUAUCAGCCAAGCGCUGGACAAUUUUAACAGUGGUUUAGCAGAAAUUACAAAUAAAUCAUUGAAAAGUGAACUGGAUAUGUAAAGUAACACUGGGAUUACCCCACUCUAGCCAGCUGAAAUGCUUAUUUGCAGUGGAUAGCAUCACAGUUCAUUGGCUGAGUGACUUUUCAAAAGUGAAAUGUCACAAGACUCAUUAUUCCUCUCUAAAAGCCUGGAAAUGUGACACAUUACAUCUGUCACAAAAGCCAUUAUUUAACACUAGAAACUAAUCACAGAUUAAAAUGACAUAUACUAAACUGA